UUUUCUUCACUGAGCUUAAAACAAUUUCACAAUUAAUCGUUCCAAUGGCUUCAAUACGAGUUCGCCGGCGCCGGAUAAUUCUCCCGGCGGUGGCGGUGGCAGUAGUGGUGCUGAUUUUUAUGGUGAGUUUUUGCCGGAGCGGGAGCGUGGGACACAUGCCGUCGACGGAGGAGGAGGGUCGAGAUUACCAGGAAAUGAAGAGAAAGAUGGCGGCGAAAGAAGAAAAGGAAAAAGACCGGUCGUCGGAGACUUGGACGGAAUGGGCAAAAAAGAAGAUCUCCGGUGGACUUGGACUGAGAAAUGAACUCCGGGCAGACGGCGUUAACAAAAUCGAGAAUGUCGCCUCAGAGGCGGGACAAUAUGGGGCUGAGAAGGGCAGAGAAGCGGAGGACAUGGCGGCGGAGGAGAUGAAGGCGAAGGGGGAGGCGGCGGAGGAGACGACGGAGAAAGGGUUUGUGGCGGGAAAGAAGAAGUCGGAGAGGAUAAAAGACGACGUGGUUGGGUCGGAGGAUGAGCUGUAAUUGAGAAAUUUAUAAUGUAAUUUUGUACUUUUUAUUUUUAAAA